UAUUGAAAUUUUCAAUAUUUAUUUAUCUUAGUUUUGUUUUUGUUUUUUUAAAUAGGAUAAAGAAGAUGAAAAUAAUCCGAAGUGUCGAUAUUUAUUAUGUGAUGAGAAAGAUUCAUCUUCAACAGAAAAAUCUAAAGAAACAGAAGGUGAUAAAGCAAAUAUUGAUGUUAAAAAAGUGAUUUAUAUUCGUGCUGAACAUUUAUUAAAUAUAACAUUAACAAAAACAACUCUUGAUCUUGGUCAACAUUAUUUUUUUAAAUUAAAGUUUCCUGAUGGUGAAAAACCAAAAGAUAAAUCAUUAAAAUUAAAAAAUAAUGAAUCACUUCAUUUAACAAUACCUCAAGAAAGAUUAUCUGCAACACAUCUUCCAGCUAUUACUGAACAAGUUGUUAAAAGAAAACAACAAUUCAAUGUUCAAAUUGAAGAUCGAAAAGUAACUGUCGAUAUAAAUCAAACAUGGAGAAGAGUUUAUGAUUUAUUUUCAUCAUCAAAUCCUUCAUGGCCAGUUCAAUUACUUUGUGAUUCACAAAUAUAUCAAGAAAGAAGAAGAGUUGUUCUUAGUUCAAUUAUUGAAAUAUUAAACCGAACACAAAUGCCAUUAAUUGUAUUAGAUCCUGAUUCAGUUGAAACAAAUAAAUUUAAUCAUAUUGCAAAAAUCGAUGUUAAUCAAGAAUAUUAUCUUCCUAUUGAACUUCUUUAUUUAAGAAUUACUCCAAGACUUUAUUUUACUAUUCAACAGUAA